ACACAUUGUGAUGUUCAGGUCAUGAUGAACAUCUGAUCGUCUUCAGCAAAACAGAUCCCAGUGUUGACCAGUUUAUCUGCAGUAUGUCAGAGGAGCAAGGAAAGGGCUCUCUGUCUGAGAUGAGUCUCUCACAGAAACAGAGUGUAAGAUCAGGCUCACAUGUGUCCAGCUCUGUGUCUGUGAAGAGUGACCGGUCAAAAGGUGAUCCACCAAACUUUAGUGAGAAAAAAGCAUCAUCUACCAAAAGUGUAAGAUCAGACUCACAUGUGUCCAGCUCUGUGUCUGUGAAGAGUGACCGGUCAAAAGGUGAUCCACCGAACUUCAGUGAGAAAAAAAGAUCAUCUACCAAAAGCUUUCAGUAUGAGACAUUAGAUUCAGACAUCCAGACUCACAGGAACUACAAGAAUUUCAAAGACAAUCUCCUGUGGAUCUUCCAGGAUCUUGAAAGCAAAAUAAUCACAUUUCUGAAGAGUGAGCUGGAAAAGUUUAAGAAAAUAUUACAAAAAGAAGACGUGAAAUACUUUGUGAAGGAUUUUAAUGAGAAUAGAUGCAGUAUCAAAGAAGCAGCUCUUGAUCUCACACUCUGCUUCCUGAGAGAGAUGAAGCAAGAUGAAGCUGCUGAUACUUUAGUAGAUGAGCUGUUCUUCAUUCAUCAGCUAAAAUGUAGCUUAAAGAAGAAGUAUCAAUGUGUUUUUGAAGGAAUUGCAAAGCAAGGUGACUCUACACUUCUGAAUAACAUCUACACAGAUCUCUAUAUCACUCAGGGUUUUAGUGAACAGGUCAAUACUGAACAUGAGGUAAGACAGAUUGAAGUUGCUUCCAGGCAUCAUGAAUCACAAGAAAUACAGGUUGAAUGCAAAAAUUUGUUUGAAGCACCUGAACAAGACAAGCACAUCAGAACUGUACUAACAAAAGGAGUUGCUGGCAUAGGAAAAUCAGUCUCUGUACAGAAGUUUGUUCUGGAUUGGGCCGAAGGAAAAGAAAAUCAAGAUAUCAGCUUCAUAUUUCCUCUUCCAUUCAGAGAGAUGAACCUAAAAGAGAAAGAAAAACUAAGUUUAAUGGACCUUAUAACUCAAUUGUUCCCAGAGACAAAAGGACUGAACCUUACAAGAAGGAACCAAAAAGUUCUGUUCAUUCUUGAUGGACUGGAUGAAUUUCGUCUUCCUUUAAACUUUAAGGAAAAUGAGACGUUGCAUGAUGUGUCUUCACCAUCAUCUCUGGAUGUUCUCCUGACGAACCUCAUUAAGGGAAAUCUGCUUCCUUCUGCUCUCAUCUGGAUCACCACCAGACCAGCAGCUGCCAGUAAGAUUCCUCCUGACUGUAUCGACCGGCUGACAGAGAUACAAGGAUUCAAUGAUGCACAAAAGGUGGAGUACUUCAGAAAAAGAUUCAUGGAUGAGAAUCUGGCCAAAGAAAUCCUUGCUCAUGUUAAAAAAUCAAGGAGUCUCUUUAUCAUGUGCCACAUCCCAGUCUUCUGCUGGAUUUCAGCCACUGUUCUCCAGAACAUUUUAGAGGCGAAAAGAAAUAACGUUGUGGGAAAUAAUCAGGCUGAUGACGCCUCCAAAACACUGCAAGAAUCAAAUACUGAAGACACUCCUAAGACUCUGACACAAAUGUACACACACUUUCUCAGAUUUCAGAUCCUGCAGAGCAGACGAAAGUAUGAUGGAGAAUAUACACCAGAUGUUUCCUGGGAUAAAGAUGCCAUAUUUUCACUUGGGAAACUGGCAUUUCAUCAGCUGGAAAGAAACAAUGUAAUCUUCUAUGGCACAGACCUGGAAGCCUGUGGUAUUGACGUCUAUAAGGCAUCAGUGUAUUCAGGCAUGUGUACCCAGAUCUUUAAGGAGGAAACGGGGAUCGUUCUUGGUACCAUGUACUGCUUCGUUCACUUGAGCAUUCAAGAGUUUAUUGCAGCCCUUUAUGCACAUCUGUUUCUAGACAUAAAGAAGAGAAGUAUAUUUGUUCACGAGUCUACAGAACAGAAAAACAAAAGUGACACCAUGAUUGAUUUGCUCAAGACUGCAGUGGACAAGGCACUAGAGAGUAAUAAUGGACAUCUGGAUCUUUUCCUUCGAUUCCUCCUUGGUUUGUCACUCCAGUCCAAUCAGCGACUAUUACAGGGUCUGUUGACACAGCAAAAUGAAAAUGACCAGAGCAAGAAGGAAAUAGUUCAGUACAUCAAGCAGAAAUUUGAAGCUAAUCUGUCUCCAGAGAGAUCCAUUAAUCUGUUCUACUGUCUGAAUGAACUGAAUGACCAAACUCUGGUGAAAGACAUUCAGACCCACCUUAGCAAAGGAAGUCUGUCAUCUGCUGAUCUUUCUCCUGCCCAGUGGUCUGCUUUGGCCUUUGUGUUGUUGACAUCAGAGGAGCUGGAGGAGUUUGAGCUUCAGAAAUUCAAGAAAUCAGACGAGUGUCUCAUUAGAUUAUUGGCAGUCAUCAAAACCUCCAAAAGAGCUCUAUGAGAAUGAAGUGUUUUGUUCUUCUUGA